AUGAACGCGCAAGCAAAUAUACAAGACCGCUCGCCCAUGGCUGACUACCAUGCGCCGCCGCCAUUUCCCUCAUCGAAUCCCACCUCACCAUCGCCGCUGCGAAGAGUGAGCUUGCCACGCCCUCGCACGGAAAGCAGCGCGAGCACCCGCCAGCCGGGUCCGCCCAUGAACACGCCAGAUGCCCUCUCACUCGCCGGCGAUACCCGCUCACUCAACCUUGACGCUGUCAACGCGGAUCUCACCGAAGAGCCAGACCUCGCAUAUGGCGACCCAACACUUGUUCCCGAGAACACUCCGGCGACCAACACGCCAGCUAGCCAUUUCCGGUUCUCCAUGCCGAACCUUCCCAGCAUCGACGAAGCUCUCGAGCUGCUCCCGCCACCGGUAUUCUAUAGCAGAGCAUACUCGGACGCUGGGUCGAGCUCAAUCACAUCGCCACGCGCCGCUCGCCAACCUCGGGACGAUCUCCUUCAACCACGCUCACCAUGCACGGAACCUAUCGAUGAAGGUGAGCAAGGCGUCAUAUCAGUCGCAAUUGGUUCUCCGCGCUUCGUCUCUGCGAGCACGGAUGAGUCCGCAGGCUCACACAAGACAGUGCACCCUGGCUGUGUCCAACCGCCCGUCGCUCCCACUCCUGUCGAUGGUGGUGUCCCCGAACACAACGACUGGCAGGAAGAUAUUGAACAGGACGUUGAGCGUGAUCUAGCGCGUCUUGCGAACCUUGCGGAGGACGACCACCACCGCGACCCAAGCCAAAACCCCGAGCAGCACUACCGUCGCCGACUGACAGCCCUUCUAAACGGUCCAAGCCGGACAUACGUCUUCGGUGACCUCGGUCCGGUCUCGGUCGCUCGUGAAGGCAGUGCUACCCCGGUCCGUUCAGAUACAGUGCCUGCAUCCAAAUUCGAGGAACUGCAGCGGAGGGUUGAUGCACUGACGAACCUGGUCGUUCAAAUGACGCAGAUGCAGGUGGGAGGUGCCGUCAACAGCACGGCAGCCAUCAACAGCGUAUCUGGAGCAUCUGCCGUCGAUCACAAGAAUACCGAUGGAGCUAGGGACUCGACCUGA